AUGAACCCCAUCAUCCCAAUAACCGGCUACGUCCUGCUCUCCAUCCUCCUCCUCCUCCUCCUCCUCCUCAUCUGCAAAUACCAAAUCUACAUCGAAACACAAACACAAACACAACCAUCCCCUCAAACCCCAGAACUCCAUGAACUAGACAACACUACCAGGAUUUCUCUUCAAAGAGGCGGGAUCGGAAGGCGGGAAAAAGGAUGGAGAGGUAUUUUGCCGUUUACGAGAGGAGAGAGAGGGAGAGGGCAUUGUGAGGUUGGGGGAGUUGAGAGAGGGGAUGGGGAUGUUCGGGGAGGAGAGAGAAUAAAUGGUAGUAGUGCGAGGAAUAGGAGAGAUGAAAUAGAUGUGGUGGAUGGAGAGGUGGAGAUACUGGGGGCGUCACCGCCGUAUACUGGAAGGGGGAGGUAUGAGGGUUGGGUUUGGGGUGGGGGCUUGAGAUAUGGUAAGGAGAUACGUAUUGAUGGAUUGUGA